GCGCGCAGGCGCAGGGAGCGGGGUGGGGCUUGACCGGCGGGGCUCGUGGCGGGAGAUUCCCUGGCAGCCAACGCGGUUUGCCAUCUUGGGAUCCCAUGGCUGUCCUUACUGGGCUCUGGGGCCCCUUCGCCCAUGCCAGCAGAGCAUUCGGCCAGCGCUGCUUCAGCACCUCUGGGAGCCUCGGUGCAAUCCAGAAGAUGACUCGGGUACGUGUAGUGGACAACAGUGCCCUGGGAAACACCCCGUACCAUCGGCCUCCUCGAUGCAUCCACGUCUAUAACAAGAGUGGGGUGGGCAAGGUAGGCGAUCAGAUUCUGCUGGCCAUCAGGGGGCAGAAGAAGAGAGCACUCAUUGUGGGGCAUCGCAUGCCUGGCUCCCGGAUGACUCCAAGGUUUGACUCCAACAACGUGGUCCUCAUCGAGGACAACGGGAACCCUGUGGGGACUCGAAUCAAAACACCUAUCCCAUCCAGCCUUCGAAAGAGGGAGGGCGAGUAUUCCAAGGUGUUGGCCAUAGCUCAGAACUUUGUGUGAGCAGAGCGGCUCUGAGCCAUGCAGCUGUCCCUUCACACUGGUGACACGUCCUGGAACAGAAUAAACGUUUUAAUGUGUGUUUUCUUCCUAUGCUGUCUGAGCUGUGGUCGUGAGGUGGGUAACAGAGCAGUUGAACGCUGGUCUCCUCCCUAGACCCCAGGGAUGCUCUGACCUUACUUUUACAGCUCCUUGCAUCCUUGUGGUGAUUCAGCCCGUUUCUCUUCUCCCCUUCACCUGUCGAUCUCCUUGUGGGGAGUAAGGACUCCUUUAGUUUCUUUAAUAGAACCUUAUCAACUCACAAAGUGUUUUGUUUAAGAUACUGUGGGGUUGGAGAGAUGGCUGCUCGUCUAGAGGCCAGGUUCUAUUCCUAACACCCAUGUGGAGGCUCAUGACCUUCUGGAACUCCAGUUCCAGUGAAUUUGAUGCUCCCCUCCCCCACUUCUGACCUCAGUGGGUACAUGUGGUACACAGAUGUGUGUGCUGGCAGAACACUCCUGCAUGUGAAAUUUAAAGAAAUAAAUUAAUUAAAAGAUACUGUAGCGAGAUA